CAAGCCUACGUGGAAGUACCAAUAAGUAUGCUCAGGCUUCCUGUCGUAAAGAAAAUAUUGGAAAAAAUGUCUGUUGGCCCCUUCAUGCACCUGUCCAUAUCUCUGAUGGGGGUGGCCCUACAGACCAAAUUAGGGAACAUGAGGUUAGGGAACGAAUAAAUGAAAUAAUUAAGAGUAUGUAUCCCCCCAUCCAUUACCAUCCACUUGCACUGCCCAAACCCCGGGGAACGGACCUAGAUGUCCAAACUUCAGAAAUCCUUGAAGCAACACUUAAGGCCCUUAAUUACUCUAACCCUGAUUUGGCUGCCGAUUGCUGGCUGUGUAUGGCCCUUGGCACACCUAUGCCCAUAGCUUUGAUGUCCAAAUGGCUCCACAUCCACAAAUUGCACACUUAGUCCACCUUUUAAGGUACAACCUGUUGGUCUCCGCCCCUCUCCUUGUAUCCAAGCCCCAUUUCAGAAUUCCACUGCUGAUAUUGAUGUUGGUUUUGCUACCUUUGCUAAUUGCUCUGAAGUCAAAAACUAUACCUCACAGGAACCUCUCUGUCCCCUGCCGGGACAACUUUUCGCCUGUGGGGGAAAUAUGGCCUACUCUGCUCUCCCCCAGAAUUGGACAGGACUCUGCACACAAAUUUCAAUCCUCCCUGAUAUCGACAUCAUUCCGGGAGAUGAGCCUGUCCCACUGCCCAGUUUUGAUUAUAUUACUGGAAGACCCAAGAGGGCUGUUGCAUUUAUCCCCCUCCUUGUUGGCCUUGGGAUUACAGGGGCACUCGCUACCGGCUCUGCCGGCAUAGGAGUUGCUGUUGAUUCAUAUACAAAACUAUCCCAUCAAUUUCUUAAUGAUGUGCAAACCCUCUCGGGGACGAUAAAUGACCUUCAAGACCAAAUUGACUCCCUGGCGGGAGUCGUUCUUCAGAAUAGGAGGGGCCUAGAUUUACUCACGGCAGAACAAGGGGGAAUUUGCUUAGCCCUACAAGAAAAAUGUUGCUUCUAUGCAAAUAAAUCUGGGAUAGUGCGGGAUAAAAUCAAAAAACUGCAAGAGGAUCUGAUUGAAAGACGCAGAAAACUUUUUGAAAAUCCCCUCUGGAGUGGCUUGAAUGGAGUCCUCCCAUACCUCCUCCCUCUUCUUGGACCUUUAAUUGGUCUCCUCCUACUUUUUUCUUUUGGACCUUGGGCCUUUACCAGACUAACCUCUUUCAUUAAGACGCAGAUUGAGGCUUCUCUUAAAAACACCGUCAAUAUCCAUUACCACCAACUUGCUUUGUCAGAAGAUCCUAGUGAUACCAUGGAAGAGGGUCUCCAGUUCUCGAAGCUCGUGCAUCCGGAAUCUCGCUGCUCGCGGUGGUGGAGAAAUCUUAAGGAUAAAAAGUGAUCUGGCAGCUGUGAGAGAGCCCAUGACGGGAAUAUUGAGGUCCCAUGUGUCAAAAA